AUGGCCCUCGAGAAACCCCAGGAAGGAGUGGAGACCGAGAACCACCGUUUGAAGGUUGCGGGGCAGGCUGGUUCUGUGGAGCAGUUGAAGAUGAAGAGGCGUACACCACGUAGUGAGCUGAUGAAAGCCUAUGGUGGAGGACAGGGCUUGUCAAUGAGGCUGAUCAGCUCCCGAUUUGACGGGCAGCCAAUCAAUGAAACGGACACACCUGCACAGUUGGAAACGGAAGAUGCAGGUGCGGUGGAUGUGUUCCAGCAACAGACGGGAGGUGUCUACUAA